GCCUCAUUUUAGUUAACGUGACGCCGUUGAAACGGAGCCAAAUACCGCAGCCUCGUCCUUUAAAAAGUCGCUAAACUAACCUGAAAACCCAAUUAUAGAAGCUGUCUGUGGCUUGAAAUGGGCCACAGUAGCUUUAGAGAAGUUUCAUGACGAGCUGACAAACUAUUUUAUCGAAUUAAAGCCGCGCUUCGUGUUGGAGUAAGUUCGCCGCUAACGUUAGCUAACUGCGCCAUGCUAAGCUAAGCUAACAGGAUUAGCUUCCGGAGCUAAACACGAGCUAAAGGGAGUUAAAUGGCAGCGAAGCGGAACAGCUGGUCUAGUCUGGCCGGGCGACUGUGAAGGAUGCUCCAGGGCCCGUACAGCAGUCUGGACCGGGACCGGCCCCUCAUCCGGCUGCCGUUCACCGACUUCGCUGUGGUGACGGUUCUCCUCCCUCUGGUCGGCUUCAUCGGCUGCCUCUUCAUCUCCCUCAUGUACCACUUUGAGGACUCGACUUACACACACUGCCAAGUGUCAAACUACCUCCCGUCCAUCAGCGCUGCUAUCAGCCUCAUCCCGGAGCGCUACAUCUGGCGCUGCUGCAUCGGCCUGCACUCGGCGCCGCGUUACCUGGUGACCGCCGCCUACUUCAGCUUCUACCGCCGCCGCUUCGCCAAGAGGCUGCCGGAGCUGCUGCUGAGCGGCCUGGCUCUCCUCUGCAGCCUCGCCGAAAACACCGGCCUGCUGCUGCUCACAUACGUGGCGUCCACUGAAACUUACAGUGUUCAUAAAUAUGGUUUCAUCGUGUUCAUAGUGAGCUCGCUGCUGCACAUGCUCAUUACAUGCAGACUGUGGCAUGUGAUCAGGAAACACUACGUGAACCCAGAGGAAAUAACGUCUUAUCGCUGGAAGUCGCGUCUCUUCGUGUUUAACGUCAGCUGCUGUUUGGUCGCCGCCUACUUCUUCAGACGCCACAACAAGUACUGUGAAACUGGAGUCUAUACCCUGUUUGCCUUCUUCGAGUACCUGGUUGUCUUCUCCAACAUGGCCUUCCACAUGACGGCCUUCUGGGACUUUGGGAGCAAAGAGGUGAUCGUGGCCACGCCGCCGGAGGACAAACGAUACUGAGCUGAACUUUUAACUGACAUUUCCGAACACAAACGGGCGUCGUGUUGCCUCACGAACAGUUUAUAAAAUGAACUGAUGAAGCUAUACUUGAUCAUUCCAACGACACUUUUAGCCUUCGGCCUUGUGAUGUUUCUUCAGAGCUCGAGUGAUGUAAAAGUGGCCGAUAGUAUCUCUGCUCAUUCGGCGGUGUAAGAUGAUGUGUCGCCGGGAUCCCACCGACACAAACCGGGCGAGAUCAGAUUGUCACGUCAUGGAAAUUUUUAUGUAGAGUGUGUUUUUCCUACGUAGCGGAAUUAUUGAUGCCCUACGGAAAGACUUUAGCUGGCACCAAAGGAAAAUCACCAGCGCCAACUUGACAAGAACUGAAAAUAAAAAUGUUUCAAUAUUUUUAAAGCACUUUGUGUAUUGAAGUUUCAUCUACUCGAGCAUAAAAGAAGAUUUUACUGAACAGUUGUUAAAUAAAUAACAGCAAAAUGCAUAGAUUGCUGUAAAACCGACAUGAAUAGUCAGCCUCCAAAGACCCGAGUCAUUCUGUAAAAAAAUCCUGAAAUAAAUGUAUGAAUUCA